AUGAAAGGUCGGCCUGCACACCUCUCCAAGAGCAUCGAUGCCAUCGAGAUCGCUUGGGACAAGCCCUGCAUCCGCGAAACCGAAGCGCACCCGAGCAGGCAGUCUCCCUCCCCGGCGCAGAGGGGCCUCGCCGGCACCCUCAGGCUAAGACAGUUUCACUGGCGGUGCUUGGGUGUGCCGGGCGGCGGAAAGGUGACCUGCGUGUCGAAUUGCCUCGUCGGGAAGGGCGUCUCUUGGUCAUGUGCUUCUUGUCUUGGCCGGGGCUUUAACUGCGGUGUCAACUCCUGCAUGGGAUCCUGCAGCACAGGCUUCUCCAAGCCCAGUUGCACGACUUGCAUAAGCUCGCAUUGCGGUCUGUGCAGCAGAGCACGGUCAAGCGAGGGCGUGCUCGACAACGCCACCCUUGAAGCACUAGUGGAGGUCUUUGCUGGUGCAGCCACGGCCGGCACUUCAGCAGAGCUGGAGGAAGCAGAAGCCUCUACUCGCAGUGGCAGCGGAUGCUUCGAGGUCCAGGCGUUGAUGAAGACAUGCGGCACACAGUGCUAUUCCUCCGGCAACCAAGCCACAUGUGCCGCUGGCUGCCUUACCGGCAAGGGCGUCUCCCCCGGAUGUGCUAGCUGCUUCGGCAGGAAGAUCAGCUGCACGAUCAAGAGGUGUCUAUCGGGUUGUGCCGCAGAUCCCAAUGGUGCCGCCUGUACCUCCUGCGUCGCCAGCAAAUGCGGUAGAUGCAAUGCUGCAAAAUCCUUGGACGAGCCUGUGGGCAAGGAUAAUUUUGUCGCUGCUCUGGUGGAGCUGGCAUCUCAACAGCAAAAUCAGAGCGCAGUUGACAAAACAGCAGAGCUGGAGGAAGCAGAAGCCUCUACUCGCAGUGGCAGCGGAUGCUUCGAGGUCCAGGCGUUGAUGAAGACAUGCGGCACACAGUGCUAUUCCUCCGGCAACCAAGCCACAUGUGCCGCUGGCUGCCUCACCGGCAAGGGCGUCUCCCCCGGAUGUGCUAGCUGCUUCGGCAGGAAGAUCAGCUGCACGAUCAAGAGGUGUCUAUCGGGUUGUGCCGCAGAUCCCAAUGGUGCCGCCUGUACCUCCUGCGUCGCCAGCAAAUGCGGUAGAUGCAAUGCUGCAAAAUCCUUGGACGAGCCUGUGGGCAAGGAUAAUUUUGUCGCUGCUCUGGCGGAGCUGGCAUCUCAACAGCAAAAUCAGAGCGCAGUUGACAAAACAGCAGAGCUGGAGGAAGCAGAAGCCUCUACUCGCAGUGGCAGCGGAUGCUUCGAGGUCCAGGCGUUGAUGAAGACAUGCGGCACACAGUGCUAUUCCUCCGGCAACCAAGCCACAUGUGCCGCUGGCUGCCUCACCGGCAAGGGCGUCUCCCCCGGAUGUGCUAGCUGCUUCGGCAGGAAGAUCAGCUGCACGAUCAAGAGGUGUCUAUCGGGUUGUGCCGCAGAUCCCAAUGGUGCCGCCUGUACCUCCUGCGUCGCCAGCAAAUGCGGUAGAUGCAAUGCUGCAAAAUCCUUGGACGAGCCUGUGGGCAAGGAGAAUUUUGUCGCUGCUCUGGUGGAGCUGGCAUCUCAACAGCAAGAUGAGAACACCAUCUUUCCCUGCUCCGCGGCUCUGCGUCUCCGCACAGAUCCAACCAGCGCACAUCACGUUCACAGUUUCAUGCUAGUUGCAGAGCCCGGUGCGGGAGGCAGCGUUGCCGGCAGUGUGCGCGAAGGUUCCAAGGAGCCGGCCGCGUCCGUGGCGUCCAAGGAAAAAGCAGACGAUGCCGCCUCUGCGGCUUCCACCGAGGUCGAAGCACCGCCGGUGAUCGUUAGCAUAAGCAAGGAGACCAUCAAGACAAUAUUUUCAAGGUUCGACCUCAACGGAAACGGCACCAUUGAGCAGUCUGAGCUGGCGAUGGUUUUCCAAGUCCUAGCACCUCGCCAGUGGUCUUCGAACGCCAUCAAGCGACUUUUCGAUGGAAUGGACAUCAACGAGGAUGGGCAUGUUCAGUUCACCGAGUUCAUCGAGUGGAUUUUCGACACAGGCACCAACUCUUUCAAGGGCGCGCUGGAGAUCGCCGAGACCACGGACGGUGCAAAGACCCUGGAGUGGUCCGUGGCAGAUAUCCAGCUACCCAUCGCGGCUCCCGACAUUCGGGCAGAGCUGGAGACCAUCGAUGGGUUUGCGAUCGAGGACGAGAUCAAGAAGAUGGACCCUUACGAUCUCAAGAAGCUCGAAUCGCUCACAGCCCCUCGGGAUCACAACGGAUGUAAAGUCCUGGUGUGCUCGGCACUUUACCAGAUCUUUUCUCAUAUCCUGGGUCGGUGCUGCAUCUCCCCAUCGAAGCUUGCAGCUACUGGUGGCAACAGGCUGGUGGCAUCUGGGUGCAGGUUUACUUCUCAUCAGGGCAUCCGGGCUCUGCGCAGUACCAUGCCGACAGGAAUGCAGGAAGAGCUCUGGUCAGAGACGUGGAAGAGACAGGCGUGCGACAGCCAAAGUGACGGCAGUUUGUCCUACCGAAGCUGUGCCAGUGCUGCUAGCAGUGAGGUGGAAAGAGGUGCAUCGAGUGCAGUUUCUGAUGGGGAGCAGCGCCCACAGGCUGCACGGGCUGCAGCGGCUGCAGUCAUUACACAGCAGGAGUUGCAGGAGGUUAUCGCAGAGCUCGAGCAGAAGUGGGGAAAGUGCUGUGGCCUGUAUGUACAUGGUUCCACAAUAUUUGCUAACCAGCUCUGCCCACACGACCUGGACUUGAUUGCCGUCAUCGAUCAUGCGAAGCAAGAGGUGCUGCAGCACUCGCCAGACGCGCAGUUCACCCUGGGCCGCUGUGAGGUGUCCGUGUUUGAGCGUCGAUGCUUCUUUGAGAAGCUGCAUGCCAUGGACCUGACCAUGCUGACCUGUCUUUCCACCCCAAAGCGCUUUGUGCUGAAAGAGCUCCAGGAUGAGCGCCUUCGAAACUUCGAGCUGGACCUGCGAUUGCUGGAGGAGUCUGUCACAUCCUAUGCAGAGUUUACCUGGCUGAAGGCACAGCGUGUCCUGAACGACUGGAAGGAUCCGUACAAGUCCAGCAAGAACGCAUACUUCGUCUUUCGUAUACUGGAGUUCGGCUGCCAGCUUGCGGAUCAUGGGCGCAUUGUUGAUCUCAAGGCCGCAAACCAUAUGUGGGACGUCAUCAAGGAGCUCUACCAGGUACUGAACAUCCAGCCGCAGGAGGAGGACGUCAUCGAGGCCGUCCUGGCCAGGCACUUCAAGGACUCCCUGGCGCGCUUCGAGGCCAAGGUGUCGGCGGCGCGCCAGCGCGAGCGCGGAGAGCGCGGAGGUUCGGAGGCAGAGGCAAAGAAGGCGGAGGAGACCCGGUCCGUGGAGGCGUCCAAGGCACCAAACUCGGACACCUGCGUCAUUUGCCUUGAGCCCACCAGCGAGUGUGGAAAGAAAGAGUUGAACCAACUAUUGCAAUCUCCAAGUGAUGCCAACGUGGCAGAAACCUGGGUGCAGCUGGUGAACUGUCGGCACUGUUUCCACACGACCUGCAUCGCUGACGCUGUUCGGGCCAGCCUCAAAGCCGACAGAACUCUGCGACACGCCGCCUGCCCCGUCUGCAGGGCCUCUGUGGUCUUCGACUUCCAGGCGAGGUCCACUUCGAGCCGACGGCGGAGGAAGCGGCCUAUGUCCUUCGCGGGGUACCCGGCCACGAUCAGAAAUCCGGAAGACCGGCAUCGCGAUGGUCGUCGUGGCCGUGAUAAUCGCGAUGAGCGCAAUGACCGUGGUGAUCGUGAUCACGAUCGGUGA